GUCUACGUAGGCAUACGGAGAGGAAACGGUCCAAAAUGCGACAAUGGUUGGGUAAUUUCAAAAAGUCUAAACAUUCACGCUUCUUUGUGGAGUAUAUAAAAAAGGGAUCCCCUGUAUCUUUAGUUCUUAGAUUUUUUGUACACUUUUAUCUUCUUCGGAUUUUCAGAUAAUUUCUUAAUCUAGCAGGUCCAUCCCCGUGGGAUUACUUUCUAUCUAUCAAAAAAUGCAUGGUCUUAAGAAGUCUCCCAUACAUUGGAGUGCUAGAAAAAAAUCUGUGGAUCCUGUGGCCCAUAGUAAUCCUGGAUCAAAUCCCUUUGAUUCCGACGAUGAUUCUGAGAAGAAGCAAACUGUAAAACCAUCAAGGAGAACAUCAUCGGAGCCUUCUGCAGCUACCCCAAAUUUGAGUACAAACCUUUUUGAUGAUGAUGAAGUUAAAGAGACUCCUUCACAUGCUUUCUCAACUUCAACAGCAAGAAGUAAAUACAAGAAUGAUUUCCGGGAGUCUGGAGGAUUUGAGAACCAAACUGUAGAGGAGUUGGAAAACUAUGCCGUCUACAGGUCAGAAGAGACUACAAAAUCUGUUAAUAGCUGCCUGAAGAUUGCAGAAGACAUGCGAGGGGAUGCAACAAAAACUUUGAUAACUUUACAUCAACAAGGAGAACAAAUUACAAGAACCCAUAUGACUGCAGCAGACAUCGACCAUGAUCUUAGCAGGGGUGAAAAACUCUUGGGGAGUCUUGGAGGCAUGUUUUCUAGGACUUGGAAGCCAAAGACGAAUCGUCCAAUUACAGGGCCCGUUAUCACAAGAAUGUCAGAUGAUCCAGUUCAAAGAAGGGGCAACCACUUGGAGCAGAGGGAGAAAUUAGGAUUGAGUUCUGCACCUAAGGCAAGGUCAAGUUCACGGACACCACCCCCAGAGCCUACAAAUGCACUGCAGAAAGUUGAGGCCGAGAAAGCAAAGCAAGAUGAUGGACUAUCAGAUCUCAGCGAUCUGUUGGGGGAGCUCAAGAACAUGGCUGUUGACAUGGGAUCUGAAAUUGAGAGGCAGAACAAGGCAUUGGAUCAUGUUGAAGAGGACGUCGAUGAGCUUGGUUUCAGAGUUGAAGGGGCCAACCAGAGGAUUCAUCGCUUGCUUCGAAAGUAAACCAGUAGACAUCUGUCGGGGACCUGCUAAUGAGCUUUCAGACAUUAACUUCAGUUCUUUAUCAUUUCAACUAUUCUUGAGUUAUUCACAAAUCCUUCUGUUAUUUUGUGUUACUUUGUAUUAUACUUUUACAAUAUUAUAUGACAGUAAACCAAGUUAAUUGUCUGAUAUUUGGAAGGCAGGACGAGAUUGCUACUUCACCAUUGUAUACAAAUAAUUUUAAAACAUAAAUAAACUUACUGCUUUAGUAGUGA